GGAUGAGUGCCCUUUUGGACCCUCCAUUCUGGCAGUGGCAGCUGUGAAGUCUAGCGAUCUUCUUCUGGAGAGAACAGAUCAGCAGGCAAUAAUGGAGUGUUCCCGGUCAACUCUCAUGGCCUCAGGACUCUCACAGCCAGCAGUUUCCAGAUAUGGGGAUUGAUCCCCUUCAGUGCCUCUUGGGACAUGGAAUAUUGGCAGACUCUCUCUGGAUCUGCUCCUGGAUUGAGCUCUACAAAUACAGGAGGGUGGAGCUGGGAGAGGGGUAGUGUUGAUGUUAGACACAUAAUGUGACAUCAGCCUGCUCUGCAUCUGUGUCUCCAGAGGAACUUGAACUUCCCAGCUGUACUUUGGUAAUUGCUUCUGAAAAAAACCUCCUGGCCACACAGAAAUCAAAUAAAAUUUUUAAUCAAGCAAAUUGAAAAAUCCAGGCUGUAUUAUAAACAUCAAUUAAAAGAAGAUCUGGGCCUGGGCCUUUUGAUGUUUCCUGACCAGCUUGGAUGCUGUCACCUUUGUCUACUCAGAAGGGAGUAAAGGCAGUCUAAAGUCAUCCUCGCCAUCCUCGCCUUCCUGGUGUGAUUCGCAGAAGUAGAAAGAACACCAGCAGCUGCUUUGAAAUACCCUGGAGCUGGCAGAUGAUGGACAGGAAACAGACAGCUGAGACCCUGCUGACCCUGUCUCCUGCUGAAGUUGCCAACCUCAAGGAAGGGAUCAAUUUUUUUCGAAAUAAGACUACUGGGAAAGAGUACAUUUUAUACAAGGAGAAGGACCAUCUAAAGGCAUGCAAGAACCUCUGCAAGCACCAGGGAGGCCUGUUCAUGAAAGACAUCGAGGAUUUAGAUGGAAGGUCCGUUAAAUGCACAAAGCACAACUGGAAGUUAGACGUGAGCACCAUGAAAUAUAUCAACCCUCCAGGGAGCUUCUGUCAAGACGAGCUCGUUAUUGAAAUGGAUGAAAACAAUGGGCUUUCCCUGGUAGAACUGAACCCUCCUAACCCCUGGGACUCUGAUCCCAGGUCUCCUGAAGAAUUAGCUUUUGGGGAAGUACAGAUAACAUAUCUCACUCAUGCCUGCAUGGACCUCAAGUUGGGAGACAAGCGAAUGGUAUUUGACCCUUGGUUAAUUGGCCCUGCUUUUGCCCGAGGAUGGUGGUUGCUACAUGAGCCUCCAUCUGACUGGUUGGAGAGGCUGUGCAAAGCAGACCUCAUUUAUAUCAGCCACAUGCACUCAGACCACCUGAGCUACCCUACCCUGAAGCAGCUUUCCCAGAGACGACCAGACAUUCCCAUUUAUGUUGGCGACACAGAAAGGCCUGUGUUUUGGAACCUGGAUCAGAGUGGCGUCGGGUUAACUAACAUCAACGUGGUUCCAUUUGGAAUAUGGCAACAGGUAGACAAAAGUCUGCGGUUCAUGAUCUUGAUGGACGGCGUUCAUCCUGAGAUGGACACAUGCAUUAUCGUGGAGUACAAAGGUCAUAAAAUACUCAACACAGUGGACUGCACCAGACCCAAUGGGGGAAGGCUUCCUGAGAAAGUUGCUCUAAUGAUGAGUGAUUUCGCAGGAGGUGCAUCAGGCUUUCCAAUGACUUUCAGUGGUGGAAAAUUUACUGAGGAAUGGAAAGCCCAGUUCAUUAAGGCUGAAAGAAGAAAGCUUCUGAAUUACAAAGCUCAGCUGGUGAAGGACCUGCAGCCCCGAAUCUACUGUCCGUUUGCUGGGUACUUUGUGGAGUCUCACCCAUCUGACAAGUACAUUAAGGAAACAAACACCAAAAAUGACCCAAAUCAGCUCAACAAUCUUAUCAGGAAAAACUCUGACGUGGUGACAUGGACCCCACGACCUGGCGCUGUCCUCGACCUUGGCAGGAUGCUGAAGGACCCAACAGACAGCAAGGGCAUUGUGGAGCCUCCAGAGGGGACAAAGAUUUACAAGGAUUCCUGGGACUUUGGCCCGUACCUGGAGAUCUUGAAUUCUGCUGUCAGAGAUGAAAUCUUCUGUCAUUCAUCCUGGAUUAAAGAGUACUUCACGUGGGCUGGAUUUAAGAAUUACAACCUGGUGGUCAGGAUGAUUGAAACAGAUGAAGAUUUCAGCCCUUUUCCUGGAGGGUACGACUAUCUGGUGGACUUUCUAGAUUUAUCCUUUCCGAAAGAAAGACCCAGCCGGGAGCAUCCUUAUGAAGAAAUCCAUAGCCGGGUGGAUGUCAUCAGGUACGUGGUGAAGAACGGCCUGCUGUGGGAUGAUCUGUAUAUUGGAUUCCAGACCCGAUUGCUGCGGGACCCUGAUAUAUACCAUCAUCUGUUUUGGAAUCAUUUUCAGAUAAAACUCCCUCUAACACCACCCAACUGGAAGUCGUUCCUAAUGCACUGUGAUUAGUCUGGACCUGGUAAGUCCCAGGACCCCAGCCCAGAGGAUGGUGCCUGAACAUUCAAGAUGGGUCUCCCCUGCUUCGAUAAACCUUUCUGGAAACACUUUCAUAGACACAGCCAUAACUACCAUUAUUCAUUGGCAGUGUCUUUUAUUCAGAGAUGGCAAACAAUGCCCCCAAAUCAAGAAUUUGCUCUUAAAUCUUGAACACAGCAGCAGUUUAUACCAAAGAAGACAAGUUUCUCUCAGCAAUGGGCAAACACUACAUUUAAGGGAUGUUCACAUAUGUGCCUGGUGUGCAUUGUCGCAUAGACGGACUCAGAACUACUUUUAUCGGGGCUGGUGUUGUGGCUUGGUAGUAUAGCAUGUGCUUAGAGCAUAUGAGGCCCUGGGUUCCAACACACACACACACACACACACACACACACACACACACACACACCUGUAUAACCCUAAAUUCAUCCCAUGUACACUCUUGUGCAAGGAGAACCAAGGAAAGCCAAGAAUGAGCUCUGCAUGGGAGAUAAAGCCUAACAGAAGGAAAAGUGAGUGUCAGCACAGUAGGAACAGGAAAGGAAGGCUACCAGACUCCAGCAGCAAAAAAGAAGAAAGCUAGAGAAGACAUGUGGGCUGGGAGGAAGGUGGGGAGACUAGAAGAAAAUGGGAAUGAGAAGAUGCUGCCGGUAGAGAGAAGAAUGUAAAAAUGGCUCUUGUGUUCUUUGAUAGAUCCGUACCCCAGGCAGCUGCAGGACAAUGUUUUCAGCUUUUCAGAGAGCUCUUGGCACCAUCUACUUCCCAUCUCACUAGAACCGAAAUGACUUUGAUUCUGUUGUGAAAUGUGUCAAUUAAUGAAGCCCGGGGGUCCUAAGAGUCUUACACGCGUUCGCCACCGGCCAGGAAAGACGCAACAAACCGGAAUCUUCUGCGGCAAAAGCUUUAUUGCUUACAUCUUCAGGAGCAAGAGAGAGAAUGGUGAAACCCCGUCCCUUUUAAGGAGAAUUAUCCUCCGCCUAGAACGUGUCGCUCCCUGAUUGGCUGCAGCCCAUUGGCCGAGUUGUCGUCAUGGGGAAGGCAGAGCACAUGGAGUGGAGAACUACCCUUGGCACACGUGCAGAUUAUUUGUUUACCAUUUAGAACACAGGAUGUCAGCGCCAUCUUGUAACGGUGAAUGUGAGGGCGGCUCCCCACAUAAGAGUUCAAUAGAUCUUUGAUUGAUGGCUCAUGAGAAUUGGGCUGCCGACUGUAAGUCAUCAAUAAAUUCCUUUACUAUCUAGAGACUAUCCAUAAGUUCUGUGACUCUAGAGAACCCUGACUAAUACAACUAGUUAAUAAUCUUAGGGAGAAAAUAUUUUUAAAAUCUAUAGAAUAUUGUUGUGUCUGGCCAGCAGAUCACAACCUGGGUUCUAGCCUGGAAAGGCAUUUUGGAAACCUGGAAGAGAAGAGGGGCUAGGCGGUGAGAGAAAGAAAUGCAGCUAAGACAGGCAUUCUGAUCAAAGCUCAAUUUUACUGUUCUGCACGCAAUUAUAAAGCAGGGGAAGGGGGCCCGAUUCCCGCCAAUUAAUCUUGGGGUCCAAUAGCAAGGUGACCACGUGCAAGGCUCUGAACAGCAAAGUGGCAGGUUCCAGCAGUGGGCAUGGCAGAAUGAUUGAGCAGGAAGCUCCACCCCUGAGCAAGCAGGUUUCAGGCUGGGGGAGGGGAGACUACAUCUCCUCCCUGUUGUUAAUAAAAAUAAAAAAAAAUAGAAAAGGCUGGCCUGAGGCAAAAAAUCAAUCUAUGCUCAAUAGUCCUGCCUGAAUUCUUAGGGCUAAAGAAAAAAAAAAAACCUGUCUCCGUGGGAUUUCCUAUCUUUUCUUAUGGUAAACUGUAUCUGGCUAAGACUGUACUUUCUAUCCUAGUAAACAACUAACAGAAAAGCCCUGAGCUGUAGGCUCUGACUUUAUAAUGCUAAUUAGUACUGAAUAGGUAACUUCCUAGUUGAAUUUUAAGUAGGGCAUUGGAACCCUGGCUAAGUUUGACUGAACAAAUUUGAAAUACACUUUAUUAAGAAUAACACUGAGUUGAUAUUCCUCAGCAUUUUUGGAUGACAGGUGGGAAACAGGGAGGAAGGGUAUGACCGGCUCGGUAGUACAAGGCCAAUUGUCUUUUUUAGGGUGGGAGACUGUGAAGGGCUUGCCCUUCUAACAGUACGGUCUCCAACCUCUCUCCCCCCUAUUAAUUAAGUUUAAAAAGGCCACACUUAACUGAGGUGAUCAAAUGAUUUUCUCAUCCGUAGAUGAGUGAGCUUUUAACCUUGGCUUGGGUGGACAUUGACCCGAUUCCUCUCGUGGGUGCUGUUACGACCCACACCUGUGGCUCUUGGUAUCUUUUGGGGAGGGGAGGCAGAGCCGUAGAUAUUUUUGUUUUUUAGCUGUAAAUAGAUACCAACCUCCGUCAAACCGGGUUUAUCCCACAGGAAACUCAGAAAUGGUCAAGCUGGACCUUCCCCUGCAGUAAUUCUCUGCACCAAGCCAUACCCAUACUGUAUUUGUAAGAUCACGAACCAGUGUGCACAGUUCUGAGGACUGUGCAGCUCCUAAGGGAGAAUUGUCAACCUCAGAUUUAGCAAGGCCUAGGCAAGAAUUAUGUCAUUAGUAACACCACGAUUUGUGGCUAAAAUAGGAGCUGGAAGUCGUUCCUCUUCAUCCCUGUUAUUCCCAUAGCCUGAGGAACUAAGGACACCUUGCAGUAACAGCAAGGGUGAAAAGCCAGAGGCUAGCUAAGGGACUAAGCCCGUCUAUCAGAAUAAAAACCAAUCUCUAUUAAUAUUAGAAAUAUCUACUUUCCUAGCCCUCUUGGUAAACCUAAAUUUUAACUCAGACUGAAAGCCACAUGCUGGAAUGUCCUUGGAAUGAAGAUAGCAUUUGCCACCUGUGUGCUCUUGGGGGCGGGGGAUGCAUGCCCACUGUAGUUCUGCUGAAGGUGUAGAUUGACCUGCUUGAAAGACAAAAAUCUUAGAGAGUGAAGAGUAACAUCACAAAGCUUCUUUUGGGGAAGUUCAGGUACUUUAUUCAUUUGCAAAUUGUAAGGCUAAGGCUAGUCUCAGGCCUCCUGUGGGGGAGCUGGCUCAGAGAGUAGCAGGAAAACAGCUUUCCUGGGAGCUUUAGUUUCCAGCUGAAUUUUAAGCAAAAGAGGAAUUUUAGUCCUCAAGGUGAUACUUAUAAGAAGAUUCAGAAUCUGUGUUCAUCUGACGAAUUAAUCUCUCUGGCAGCCACCAUGCUCUAUCUUCAUCUCGUGAAAAAACACAAACUGAGCCCCUUCCCCAGAUUAGAACCGGAUCCGGACCCUACUAUUUGCUAGUCAGUGGGUCCUUCCAUUUUACCAAUGCAUAAGAAUUAGAAGUAACUAGAUGCCAGUGGCAAUCCACUGCUGACUGACCUUUAAUAUUGGUUGCAAAAUAUUUAGAACAAAUAAGGUAAAGGCAAGAUGAGCCUUUGGUGACCUUGGGGGAUGUGCUCUGAAUUAACUUUGCUAGGUAAUUUAGAAUAUAGGAAUCUCUAACGUUGGACUGAAUAUUAGACCAGUCUAAGAUUGAGUUAGAAUGACUGGUCACACUGAAGAAAAGAGAAAAAUCAUUAUGACUCUAUUAAAUGACUAAUUUUACCAAGUCAGUAUGCACAGUCUCUGAUGAACUAUUGCCAUAAAGUUAAAAGGCUAGAAGCUAGUCUAAACUGGAAAAAUGACAAGCAAGGAUGGAUCUAAAACAUGAAUUUAAUUUAGUUUUUUAGUCAUUUCAAUCAGAACACUGAGUCAACUUACCUGCCAGCUCGUCACACGAAUUAAUAUGCUUCUGCAGCGUUCUGUGGAGAGAACCUGUUUUUUCCUUUCCUAAUAAGGUAGCUGUUUUAGGAUCAAUCUAUAAGCCAAUAAGUAGAUCCCUUUAAGAUACUAUAAAGCAUUUAUUAAAUUCUUUGACAUUUAAAUUUCAAAUUUCGAAAAUAAAGGUAUGAUUUAAAUAGUGUGUAUGGGAAUGCACUAAAUAGUAUGUACGGGGAUACAAUUUCUCUCUUUUUUGUCUUUUAAGAAGUUAAAGUUUUAAAAUUUCACAAUACCUAACCUUUUGAAUUAAUAACUUGUUGACAAAACAUUUUAAAUACUUGGCUGUAAAGGGGCAGUGACUAAUUGCACUUUCAAUCAUUUUUCUUAAGGAGCGGUUGUAACUAGAAAGCUUGAAAAGUUAUUAAGAGUCACAUGUGCAUAAUUUAUUUAUUAACUAGAAAUAUGCAUAAGCAAUUGCAAAUUUGAGAAUUAAUAGUAUCUGAGGGAUGAACAAUUUUAAGCAAUUGUGAGCUCAGAGAUAUGGCAUUGACUAUUAAUAUACAAAUUAAGGUUUGAUUGUUCAGCAUUUUAAAACACCAUCUACAGCACACAACUAGAUUAUUUGUGCUGGAACAGGGGAGACUGUGUGUCUUAAGACUCUGCCCCACAGCAGCUAGUUGGGCCCACGUGGGCCAACAAUCGGCUGGGAGGAUGAGAAAAACGACUUUACAAUAAUGUUUUUUCUGGCCAAAGAAUUGUCUUGGGCACAACUAAUAUUUAAUUACCAAUGAAUAUAAUUAAUAACAAUUAUAAAAGCUUUAUUUUUUUGUAAAACCUUUUGUAGUAAACUAAAACCCUCAGUAAUAAAAGGAUAUUGUCUCUGAAUCUCUUGGGUGAGAGCAAGGAUUUAAGGUAAACUUUCUUUAAGAAGCAUUAGUUAAUAAAAUACUUUCCACUUAGGAAAAAAUAUACACUGAAAGAUUAAAACUCUUGGCUUCUUGUAUAGAAGCAGAAACAAUAAAAAUUUUUCUUACAUAAUGUAAAGUUACAUUAGCCAUACCUAGAGGCAGAAUUUUCUAGUGAUUACAGUUCACUAGAAGCAAAACUCUUUGAAUUUAAGCAUUAUUUUAAACAUCUGAAUAGAUCUGUAACACUGUUAAAAAGAAAUUUUCUUGAACACAGGGAAAAACUUUCUCAGGCACUGUUUGCAAAACACAAGAAGGCCACAAGCCACUCUGGGGCUGCCCAGAGCCCUGUAUUGACUCAAACGUAAAAUACUUUUUAAUCUGAGCAUCCUGGCCCUCCUGUAAUAAGGACUGAUUCUAGAGGAACAAUUUAACUGUCUAUGCCUCUAAUUUUUGAUACUCUAUCUUAAGAUGACUUACAGUUAAAACGUUCUUCACAACUUUAGUGUUGUGAAAAAAUUGCCCAUACUGCAGUUUCCUGCCAGGCAGCGACUAUAGCCAAACUGAUUGUCUAAUCUAUUCACAAAGACAAACAUAACUAGAUAACUCUGUCACAGUUUUUAUGAAGUGAGCUGUAUUAGCUCUCUCAUAAGAUGAUUACUCUUGUAAUAAUCUUAAUUAACAAUAUAUGGGUGAGUAGAAAAUCUUAAAUUUGCCAACUGCAAGCUGCAGUCAAUGGAACACUGGCAGUUUUAACCAUAAUUUUUAAGUUUUUUGUGCAAGGUUAGGAUAAUACCUACAACCUUGGGAAAGCAAAACCCAAGUUUAAAACAAUUUAUCAUCUUUAAAAUCAAUAUUAGAAGCAUUACCAUCAUAUUACGAAGUUUGGCUGCCAAUUAAUACCUAUGAAUAGCUAUUAAAGCAAGCUUUGAUGCUUUAAUAAAGAGGCAUUGCUUUAAAUCUUAUCUUAAAUUUUACUAUUUAGGAUAGGAACCACAUUAAUUAUUAUCUAAACUAGAAAUAUCUUUAGAGACCCAGCCUCUUGGCCUGCCUUAUGCCACGUGUCGGAAGGACUCUAAACUUGAGUUAUCAAAUUUAACACUAACCAUCUGUAGCAAUGUAACAAUUAUUAAUCUUAACCAACAACUUAUGAGCUGAAUGUGAAAAUAUGCAGAGCACAUUUUCAAUAAAAAAGGAACCAAAUGAAGCAGUUACAUUUAGACCAAUCAGAGAAUAUUAAUUUUUGUAGCUACAAUCAUAGAAUAAAAGGAACUUUACCAUUUGUCAAACACAUUAAUCAUGAACCAUUUAUCAGCUUUUUUACUCCAAAACUAAGAGGCUGUACACUCGCCCUUUUCUCCUAAAACGAACAGUUUUUCCAGCAGGGGCCCUCCUGCCAUGUGUUUGAUUCCUAGCUGAAGCACGUGGCAGCUCUCGGCUUUGCAGAUAAAGUUUUUUAUACCAUCUUUAUUAUCCAACAUAAAACAUAGAACAUUCAUUCAUACAGACAGGACACGAACAUACAUGAAUUGAACACGAGAACAGAUUGGUGCACCAGACAUUACACGAGACACAAAAGGGACAGAGUACUCCUGCUAUAAGGCCCAGAGAGAAAUUUCUCUCUGCUUUUUUGGGACAUUUUCCUCCCUCAUGAUGCAGUUUUUAUUAACUGCGGCAAUCCGCCUGAUUAUUAAUUUCCUUUUAAUAAACCCUUUCUUUUCUCACGCCUAAUGUAGCUUCGGAGAGCCACGGCCUGUUACCCAGCUCCUCUUAAGCUUCACUGCUGAACCUAAGUGAACCAGUGCUCGGGUUUAACGCUGUUUCAGUUUAGCCCAUACUGACCUUCUCUGGUAUGAAUUUCCUUUAUCCUUUAAUUAUUUCAUGGAGCUCCAAACCAGCAGUGCCUCUUCCAAAAAUCCUUUGCCGUUUCUCAGUCCCGCGUUGGUUCGCCAAAUGUUGUGUCUGGCCAGCAGAUCACAGCCUGGGUUCUAGCCUGGAAAGGCAUUUUGGAAACCUGGAAGAGAAGAGGGUCUAGGUGGCAAGAUAAAAAAAUGCAGCUAAGACAGUUAUUCUGAUCAAAGCUCAAUUUUACUGUUCUGCACGCAGUUAUAAAGCAGGGGAAGGGGGCCCAAUUCCCGCCAAUUAGUCUUGGGGUCCAAUAGCAGUAUGACCACGUGCAAGGCUCUGAACAGCAAAGCGGCAGGUUCCAGCAGUGGGCAUGGCAGAAUGAUUGAGCAGGAAGCUCUACCCCUGAGCAAGCAGGUUUCAGGCUGGGGGAGGGGAGACUACAGAAUAUAAGAAUCUCAAAAUGUCUUCAAAUAUAACUACAGCAAAAAGGCCAUGAAAAAGCACCCCUUUUAGAAUUUGAAAAACAUUGUUUCAAUGUUUAAAAUAGGCAAAUAAGUUGGCUGAGGGCUUGUUUGUUUGUUUUUCUGUCUAUUUGAUUGUUUCUAAUGUACUGAUGUAUUUCUAAGGAACUGUAAUUGUUACCCAGGGUUCUCCUUUGCACGUUGUUUUUCCAUCCUGCAGUCAAGUGCACUCUCUGCCUCUGUCACCUACCUCUUGAAUUUGACUUCAGAAUCGCUGCCUAGCUCUAAUCAAUGAAAGACUAUCUCCUUCUCAUUAAAAUGAGCAACAAGAAUAGUUGACUAUUCUUGUUUAUAUCAUACUAGAAAAAAUUUAAAUACUUGGAAGUCAGAGAUUAGACUUUGUAAUUUAUACUAGAGAGUAAAUUAUUCAGUUACUACUAAAAUAAUAUAAUGUUUAUCCAAAUAUAUGUUCAGAUAUAUAUGAUGGGCAAAUAAAAGAUUGUUUUAAAAAUAAAAGUUUGUUUUCUCACUCUGUAGCCC